AUGGCCCUGAGCAAAGGGCUGCGGCUGCUCGGGCGGCUGGAGGGCCCCGCGGGGGACAGCAGCGUGCUGCUGGAGGCGCGCGGCCGCGGCGACUGCCUGCUCUUCGAGGCGGGCACGGUGGCCACGCUGGCUCCAGAGGAGAAGGAAGUCAUUAGAGGACAGUAUGGCAAGCUCACGGAUGCUUACGGCUGCCUGGGGGCACUCAGGUUAAGAUCUGGUGGCACAGCCCUGAGCUUCCUGGUGCUGGUGACAGGCUGCACAUCUGUGGGCAGAAUUCCAGAUGCCGAGAUCUACAAAAUCACUGCCACCGAUUUCUACCCUCUUCAGGAAGAGGUCAAGGAGGAGGACCGCCUCGUAGCCUUGAAGAAAAUCCUCAGCUCAGGGGUGUUCUAUUUCUCAUGGCCCAAUGACGGGUCUUGCUUUGACCUGACCGUCCGGACACAGAAGCAGGACGAUGACAGCUCUGAGUGGGGGCACUCCUUCUUUUGGAACCAGCUUCUGCACGUGCCCCUGAGGCAGCACCAGGUGAGCUGCUGUGACUGGCUGCUGAAGAUCAUCUGCGGGGUGGUGGCCAUCCGCACGGUGUAUGCCUCGCACAAGCAGGCCAAGGCCUGCCUCAUCUCUCGCAUCAGCUGCGAGCACGCCGGCGCCCGCUUCCACACCCGCGGCGUGAAUGACGAUGGCCACGUGUCCAACUUCGUGGAGACAGAGCAGACGAUUUACAUGGAUGAUGGAGUGUCGUCUUUUGUCCAGAUCAGAGGCUCGGUUCCACUGUUUUGGGAGCAGCCAGGGCUUCAGGUUGGCUCCCAUCAUCUCAGACUCCACAGAGGCCUGGAAGCCAAUGCCCCUGCUUUCGACAGGCACAUGGUGCUUCUGAAGGAGCAGUACGGGAAGCAGGUGGUCGUGAACUUGCUGGGAAGCAGAGGUGGAGAAGAGGUGCUGAACAGAGCCUUCAAGAAGUUGCUCUGGGCUUCCUGCCACGCCAGCGACACGCCUAUGAUAAAUUUUGACUUCCAUCAGUUUGCCAAAGGUGGGAAGCUAGAGAAAUUGGAGAACCUUCUGAGGCCUCAGUUAAAGUUGCACUGGGAUGACUUUGACGUGUUCACGAAGGGCGAGCAUGUAAGUCCACGUUUUCAGAAAGGCACUUUGCGAAUGAACUGUCUCGACUGCCUGGACCGCACCAACACCGUGCAGUGCUUCAUUGCGCUCGAGGUCCUUCAUCUGCAGCUCGAGAGCCUGGGGCUGAACUCAAAACCCAUUGCUGACCGCUUUGUAGAGGCCUUCAAAGCCAUGUGGUCUCUGAAUGGGCACAGCCUGAGCAAGGUGUUCACGGGCAGCAGGGCCCUGGAAGGGAAGGCCAAGGUGGGGAAGCUGAAGGACGGGGCCCGGUCUGUAUCUCGUACCAUCCAGUCCAGCUUCUUCGACGGGGUAAAGCAGGAGGCCAUCAAGCUGCUGCUGGUUGGGGACGUCUACAACGAGGAGUCAACAGACAAAGGAAGGAUGCUCCUGGACAACACAGCCCUCCUGGUGACUCCCAGGAUCCUGAAAGCUAUGACUGAGCGUCAGGCCGAAUUCACGAAGUUCAGACGGAUCCGCGUGGCCAUGGGGACCUGGAACGUGAACGGAGGAAAGCAGUUCCGGAGCCACCUCCUCGGGACGGCGGAGCUCACAGACUGGCUGCUCGACUCACCCAGGCUCUCGGGAGCUGCGGAGCCCCAGGAUGACAGCAGCCCGGCUGACAUAUUUGCCGUGGGGUUUGAAGAGAUGGUGGAACUGAGUGCAGGGAAUAUUGUUAAUGCCAGCACCACCAACAGGAAGAUGUGGGGUGAGCAGCUGCAGAAAGCCAUCUCACGCUCUCAUAGGUACAUUCUCUUGACCUCGGCACAGCUGGUGGGCGUCUGUCUUUAUAUCUUUGUGCGUCCGUACCAUGUCCCGUUCAUCAGGGACGUGGCCAUCGACACCGUGAAGACGGGCAUGGGGGGAAAGGCGGGGAACAAGGGCGCCGUCGGCAUCCGCUUCCAGUUCCACGGCACCAGCUUCUGCUUCAUCUGCAGCCACCUGACGGCUGGGCAGUCCCAGGUGAAGGAAAGGAACGAGGACUACAAGGAGAUCACCCAGAAGCUCUGUUUCCCAACGGGAAGAAAUGUUUUUUCUCACGAUUAUGUGUUUUGGUGUGGCGAUUUCAACUACCGCAUUGAUCUUACUUACGAAGAAGUCUUCUAUUUUGUUAAACGCCAAGACUGGAAGAAACUUCUGGAAUUUGAUCAGCUACAGCUACAGAAAUCAAGUGGAAAAAUUUUUAAAGACUUUCACGAAGGAACCAUUAAUUUUGGGCCCACCUACAAAUAUGACGUUGGCUCUGCCGCCUACGAUACAAGUGACAAGUGCCGCACGCCGGCCUGGACGGACAGGGUGCUGUGGUGGAGGAAGAAGCACGCUUCCGAUAAAACAGCUGGAGAACUCAACCUCCUGGACAACGAUCUAGAUGCUGAUGCCAAAGUCAGACAUGCCUGGUCUCCUGGCGCCCUCAUGUACUACGGCCGCGCGGAGCUGCAAGCGUCUGAUCACAGACCCGUGCUGGCGAUCGUGGAGGUGGAAGUACAAGAAGUCGACGUGGGUGCUCGGGAGAGAGUUUUCCAGGAAGUGUCCUCUUUCCAGGGCCCCCUGGAUGCCACUGUUGUCAUAAACCUUCAGUCGCCAACCCUGGAAGAGAAAAAUGAGUUUCCUGAGGACCUGCGUACCGAGCUCAUGCAGACCUUGGGGAACUAUGGGACGAUCGUUCUCGUCAGGAUCAACCAAGGGCAGAUGCUGGUGACUUUUGCAGACAGUCACUCAGCUCUCAGUGUCCUGGACGUGGAUGGUAUGAAGGUGAAGGGCAGAGCAGUGACGAUUCGGCCAAAGACAAAGGACUGGCUGAAAGGUCUGCAGGAGGAGAUCAUGAGAAAACGUGACAGCAUGGCCCCUGUGUCCCCCACCGCCAAUUCCUGCCUGCUGGAGGAAAACUUCGACUUCUCAAGUUUGGACUACGAGUCAGAAGGGGACAUUCUUGAAGAGGAUGAAGACUACCUGGUGGAUGAGCUCAGUCAGUCUGUGGCCUCAGACAGUGAGCUGGGGGCAGACGACCUUUCUGACACCCCCAGCUCCGCAGUGGGGGCACCACUCCACAAGUCACCUGCACUUAGCAAAAAGCAGCAGCAUCCAACUUACAAAGAUGAUGCUGACCUGUUGGAGUUAAAGCAGGAGCUGGAAGCAGUUGGGGAUUUCCGCCACCGGUCUCCAAGCAGGUCUCUGUCGGUUCCCAAUAGGCCUCGGCCACCUCACCCUCCACAGAGACCCCCCCCUCCAACUGGUUUCAUGGUGAAAAAGUCGGCUUCAGAUGUGUCCAUCUCCUCGGGCACCCAUGGGCAGUAUUCAAUUUUGCAAACAGCAAAACUCCUGCCAGGAGCGCCUCAGCAACCGCCCAAAGCCAGGACUGGAAUAAGUAAACCUUACAAUGUCAAACAGAUCAAAACCACCAAUGCUCAAGAGGCAGAAGCAGCAAUCCGCUGUCUCCUGGAAGCCAGAGGAGGUGCCCCAGAUGAAGCACUAAAUGCCAUGGCCUUGAGGGACCAAGGAUCCUCCAAACCAGAGCCUGCACCUGGGGUAGCCAAACCUGAGAGCUCCCAGGGGCCCCCGCUCCUGCCCCGUCGGCCAGCACCCAGGGUUCCUGCCCUCAAGAAGCCAACCUUGAGACGGACAGGAAAGCCCCUGUCACCAGAAGAGCAGUUUGAGCAACCGACUGUCCAUUUUACAGCCGGGCCCCCUGAGACAAACUUUGAAACCCCUCCUCUAGCAACAGCCCUUCGGGUCCCUCCUGUUCCCAAACCAAGAACAUCUCAGCCUGGGAAAGGUGCAGAGAGGAAGCCAAACAGCGGAAAGCCAGAGCCAGACGAAACCCCUGCCAUGGCAAAAGUCACCAUGCCACCACCUCCGGAGGUUCUGUCUCUUGUGCCCAAGGUGCCCCCGAGGAGGAAGAAGUCAGUGCCAGCAGCCUUCCACAUGCAGGUCCUGAAGAGCAACAGUCGGCUCCUCCAGGGCCUCACGUGCUGCAGCAGCAGCGACCGUCCAGCUGGGCACGAGCCUGAUGCCGACGCUGUCUUUCCACACGUGGAUUUUCUCCACGGUUCAUCUGCUCCCAGCCCCGAAACUGAUAGCACCAAAAUGAUAGAGCCAGAGGCAGCCUCCUUUCUCAGUGGUUAUCAGGAUCCCUUCUGGAACCUUCUCCACCAUCCUAAACUGUUGGAUAACUCCUGGCUUUCCAAGAGCUCUGACCCUUUGGACUCGGGGACCAGGAGCCCUGAAAGGGCUCACACAGACCCAGCGCAAGUCAGUGCUUCCCCUGCCGAGGUGGAGCUUCCACCAGACCAUGGGCAAGAAAACUUUGAUCACUGGGUGACAGUCAGUGACAAAGACAAGAGGACAGUGCUGCAGGUGUUUGACCCACUGACAAAAACAUGACUGAGCCACGUUGGAGGCCGAGCUCUUCCAGAAUGCACGCCUUCCCCACGGGCACCUCUUGACCAGGUCAAAAGAGACGUCUAUUUAAAGGCACAUUGAGAAAAACAUUUUUGCAUCUGUCACUAUUGUGUAGUUUACUAAAAUUGUGUCCCUUAUUCAAUAAGAUUAUUAUUCAUCCACCAAAAUAUGUUUUAUUCCAGACUUGAACAUUUUAAGUUUCCUCUCAGGCGAAUGGGAAACCUCCUGUUAGAUUCAGUGUAUGGAUUUUAAGAAAGGAAAUUAGCUGAUAAGGCCCAAGAAGUUGUCUCCCAUUGAAUUUUAAACGGUUGUUCAAUUUAUAUGUGUAUUGGCUGGGGGCUGUUUUGUUUUGUUUUGUUUGUAGUUUACAGAUUUUGAAUAACUUUGGUGAGCCACCUGAAGAUUGGUUCAUAAAAUGAGGAUUACAUUAAAAGGCAGUUGGGACCAUUAAUAGCUGUUCCUGGCCCACUAAAACCAGGUUUUAAAAAAAAAAAAUCAGAGCUGGAAGCAGCAGUUACAUCAACCAGAUGACUAGACUGUACAUUCCAGUGAGUCCUUGUGUUUAUUCAUAUGCGUGGAUAUUAACCUUGAUUUUGUUGAAUCCCAUAGGAGCUGAUGUUAUACACUGUUCUAAAGCAUGUGCUGUUAGCUUAAUUAAACUCAGCUUCAACUGGCUGAAGACCCCUGUACUGUGACUUAGACAUCGCACACCCUAUAAAUUGCUACAGUCCUGAGCCAUGGUGUGCUACUGAAACUGAUUUUUUCCACCGUUUAGUCCUUAUUCAAUGAAACCUCAUGGAUUUUUUUUCACCUUAUAUUCCGUAUCCUGUAAAAGCACAAAAUGUGAGAACUCACACUGGCACAUGAUAUUGAUUCUCAUUGAUAUAAUAUGAAGAGUAUUUGUUUUAGCCGCAUCUGCCUGGCUGGAGCUUUAAGAGGAAAGCACUACAUGUCCCUGCAUGUAAGAAUGCCCAGGGCAGCAUUUCCAGGUUUGCUUAUCUAUAUGUUUAUUAGAUUUACUUUUUCCCUAUACAUUUUUCCUACAUGUUUCCAAUACCACUUUUCACCUGUUCACUAACUGAAAAAGACAUCACAAUACUGUUCUACAUUUUAAAAAUAGUGUUAUAAGGCCUAGAAUCCAUUUAAAGCAGAUACAGUUUUGCUGAUAAGUUCACUGGCAAAAUCUUUUUGUGCCACCUACCAUAUCUAGGAGUCUCUCAUGUCGUAGAAUCAUAUGACAAUGACACCGUGUUAUCCCUCACAUGACUCUGGGGAAUUCCUGUACUAAAAGCUAAUGUUUAGGAUGGUAACCAGUAUCUUGCCUGGGAUAUACCACUCUCUUGUUACCAACCAGGUGUCUGGGAUUUCAGAAUUACUUUACAUUGUCACUGUCAAGAUAUAUUGCAGAUUACUUAAAUCUGGCACUCAAAACAAAAACAAAACUACAAUAUGUAUCUCAUUUCAUCUGCAAACUGAUAAAAGAAAAAGGGAUCAGUGACCCAUAGAGAUAAACAGGUAAUAUGCAUAGUUGACCAGUCAUAAAAGACAGUGUUUGGGUGAUCAAGGUGCCUCCGAUGGCACUUACGUAUUUCAUAUGAUUUUUACCUCUGUAACAAACAAAAGAAGUCAACACCAUAAUCCUUAAAAUAUUUAUGGGGAGAAAGCAAGAUGGGUUUCUCAGAGAAGUUCAAUAAUUUGCCAAGAUGCACAUUGCUACUAACAGGUAUGAUCAGGAAUGGAAUUGAAGAUUUUUUCAUUCAAAUGCUUUUUUUCCCUAUAACCUCUUUUCCCACCAAAAGGAGGUGCAUUUGAAAGCAGAUAAAUGUAACAAGCAGUCAGGAAAGGAGGGGAAAGUAAGCACCACAAAAAUUGCUUGUAAUGCUGGGAAUAGGCCUAGUGUUAGGUGUCUUCUUUGUUAUGAAUAACAGUAAAUAAAUGACAGAAAACCAUUUCUGUUGAGAAGGUGCUCAUCACACAGUAGCUCUUAAGAAUCUGACAGUAAGUACGAAUACACAGAGUUAUGUUGACGUGGGGAGGUGGGUCACAAGAAAAAUUACAAGUAGUUCAACAUUAAAAAUUCGACAAAUUUUAUUUGAUCGUGGGUGUUCAAAUUUAGUGAACAACAUAGACUGGAUUUUGAGUUGAUAAUACGUUUGGCUCUCACACCAGAGCUCUUUAAAAAAAAAAAAACUAUUAGAAUUGCCUUAUUUAUGUUUUAAGUCAAUGCUUACUAGUUGGUAGGUUUUCCAAGUUAGCAGCAGGGCCGAUGGAAUAAUCUGGACAAUGAGCAGCUGCCAUCUUGGGGAUUUCAUUCCGGUUUUUUUUAGUCUGUCUUUGAUGCUACCACAUAGGCCUUCUCAUCGUGACCUUGCGGUUUUCUCCAUUCCUGCUGCUCUGUCACACGACACAGUUCACCGCAGUGUUUUGGGCACAGCGCUUUUUAUAACUCCACUUGUCUCUCAGACCCCAGCUAUAUUCCCUUUUACAACACAAUCUUCUCAGACUUACUGUCUAUUUUUUAAAAAUUUGUUCCGGUAAAUGAUUGAAAUUAGGACAUCUGCCCAAGCAAUUUCUAUAAAAGCUAAAAGUUGCUGAAGUUCAAGACCCUUAAUAAAACUCUCCCUGACGUGUGUGUAAGUAUAAUUAAAGUAACGUAUUAAAACAUUUGCUUUAUGAUGAAGUCGUUUCAUUGGGAAGGAAAGCUGCAAAGAUUACUUAUUGGGGGACUAGUGAUUAAUAAAAACCCCAUGAUAUUUUUUGAAGUGACAAUUUGUACUGGAUUUGUACAUAAUACCUAUUAAAUGUUUUGUCUUUUUUUCUUUAAGUUGGGCUUAUUUCUUUUCAGAUACGAAGAGAACCUUGGAAUAUCUUCUUUGGCUGUCUGUUCUGAAUCAAAUGCAGUUACUAAUUAUU